GUCGCGACGAGAGAGCACAGGCGGCGUUCCACGUUUAUGCAGAACAGUUCGAACGACGUUUGCCAGUCCACGGAUGCGCUGCGCCUGAUGGCUCGACAAAUGCAGCGGUACACGCCGUGUGGCUUUUCUCAGGAUUUCGACUGGCGACCGUUGCACUUUGCCGAGCCCAUUCCGACACACAGGAUAUGCGAUGCCUGCGGUCUGCUGCCCCGUGUGACGGUCUUUCUGCCCUGCCGACACGUGCUGUGCAAGACCUGCUACGAGCAGUGCUGUCUCGAUGACGGACACACCUGUCCGCUCGACGGUGACCAGUUUCUUGAAGAAGACGCUGAAUGGAUCUAUUUGCCAGUGGAGAACCUGCUCAAGCGGAAGGUAAAGUGCUGGAACGAGGACAAUGGCUGCGAAGCGGUGAUGGCUGCUUCAGACAUGCACAAGCACUUUUACGAAGACUGUGUCCACCACUCUACGCGUUGUCCGAAGUGCUCAGCGUUCGUCCUGCGCUGUAAUGUGGGCACGCACCGUAAAAGUAACUGCAGCAAUUUUGUUUCGCAGAACCUCACCCAACACCUGAAGCGAUCUAAUGACUCUAUUCAAGAAGAAAUAUUUGCUUCUUUGGAGACAGUACUAGAUGAACGGGUAGCAGAAAUUAAAUCUGGGCUUGAGCGAGUUGUACGCGAUAACAGUGCCCACGGCGAUAGAUUAAACGAGGUCUCGCACAUUCUAAAUGAGUUAAGAGAGACUGUGAUACUGUCAUUAGAAAGGCAAACGCGUGCAGCCAAUGAAGUAAGUGUCGCCUCCGUUGAACAAGUUAAAGACGACCUAGCCGCUCAAGGUGACAGGCUUAACGAAAUUUCCCAACGCAUAGGUGAAGAAGUCAAAGUAGUGGUAGUAGACGGAACAAGACAAUGCAUCGACAAGUUGGAACAGAGCAAUGCAGAAUUAAGGCGACUUUUCACCACCAAUGAGAACGCACUUGAAAAAGAAUCUCAGACUGUGAGUGCCUUCAAGGGUAUUCUUGGCAAAGCGCUGGAGCAUGCAAUCGAGACGAUCUGCCAAAAGUGUGCCACAAGCACUGAGCGCACUGGUGCAUCGAACGCCAUUGAAAAGGGAAGCUGCCAAAGUGCACCAGAUGUGAGAAAAGAUCUCCUCUUGGGAUACAACACACUAAACAUUACAAGCCACGAGUUUUAUGUUAAGGGACUCAAGUCAUUGAAACAAAAGGCAAUAUCAGCUGGAUUCGCCGCAUAUUACGGCCAACCCGUAUACGUUUGUGGCUACUACAUCUCUCCAGGGGUGUAUCUGAAGAAAAAUGAAAGUUCUGUGGCAGUGCACGCACUCGUAUGUCUUGGCAAAGGAGUAAUCGAUGAAUUUCUUAAGUGGCCAUACCACCACGACGUAAAGCUGAGCUUCGUGAAUUCAUCUCAAAAUGAAAAACGCGAGUUUAUGAAUAGGACUCGUCCCAGUCUCAAAUAUUUUGGGAGGCCUACUCAAUCAUGGAAUGCAGCCCAGUAUUACAAAGUUUGUUUGUGCUUGGAGGACCUUGAACGUGGAGGCUACGCCAAAUGCGACCAGCUCUGCGUGAAGUGGGAGCUACUGCCUCCUUCGACGUAAAUACACACCCAGAAGCGUUUUCAGGCUUGCCAUGAUGGCACUAGUAAUAUUUGCGAAGGCCGUUUUUGAAGUGGAUGAAACUCCCUUUAUGGGAAAGCAGAAGAAAGUGUUCAAUUGUUAGUUUUUAUGUUGAAGUACGUUUGAAUACUUGUGACUUAGCAUGGUUUGAGGAUUUUUCAUCCUUAGUUUUCUUAUGUACAUCAUGUAUCACCACUUUCUAUUAAUUCCGUUAUAAAAAUGAUGUCAAAAAAUUUGCGUUAUCAAUACCACAUGAGUGCUGCUGCAAUUACGGCUCCUUUGAAAGUCAUGAACAGUAAGUUCCUAGAACACGAAAAUUGAUUUUAAAAGAAAAGUAGAACAACGUGCAUUAAAAUGUGGCAAGACGCAACGACGACCUUGAAUCGUGCUGAUAAUGUACUUGGCAAUCUUUUAAAUGAAACUAAACACAUGCAGAAAUCAAUGAAAAAAUCCCAGGUCAUCUAAGCCUUAAUGAGUUGUGCAUGUGAAAG